AUGGUGUUGCCACCACCGGACAAACGACACGUCUGUCUUACCACUAUCGUCAUCAUGACCAGUAUGGCCUUCAUGGACGCUUACCUGGUGGAGCAGAAUCAGGGCCCACGAAAGAUCGGGGUCUGCAUCAUCGUCCUGGUUGGGGACGUGUGUUUCCUCAUAGUCCUCCGCUACGUAGCCGUCUGGGUGGGGGCCGAAGUUCGGACGGCCCGCCGCGGCUAUGCCAUGAUCCUUUGGUUCCUCUACAUCUUUGUACUGGAGAUCAAGCUCUACUUCGUCUUCCAGAAUUGCAAGGCAGACCGCAAGAGUCUUGAAACCGUUGCGCGGAAGGCUUUGACUUUGCUCCUAUCUGUUUGUGUCCCAGGACUCUACCUAGUCCUGGUGGCGCUGGACAGCAUGGAAUACGUUCGGACGUUUCGGAAGAAAGAGGACAUGAGGGGAAGGCUCUUCUGGGUGGCCCUGGACUUGCUGGACCUUCUAGACAUCCAGGCAAACCUUUGGGAACCCCAGCGAACAGGGUUACCCAUUUGGGCAGAAGGACUAAUGUUCUUCUACUGCUACAUACUUCUGCUGAUCCUCCCUUGCGUAUCACUGAGUGAGAUCAGUGUGCAAGGAGAACACGUAUCACCCCAGAAGAUGAUGCUGUACCCCAUGCUCAGCCUGGUCACCAUCAACGUGGUUACCAUCCUGAUACGUGGAGUCAACAUGGUGCUCUUUCAGGACAGCCGCGUCUCUACUAUCUUCGUCGGCAAGAACGUGGUGGCGAUAGCCACCAAGGCAUGUACCUUCCUGGAGUACCGGAAACAGUGCCGGGAAUUUCCGGCGGCACGGGAGAACACAACUGGUAUUCCCAUGGAGAUCCAGCAGAACUCGGUGGGACACGGGCAGGCUCUACCAAACGCGACAAGCCUUCCACAUGAACCUACACCAGUGCAAGAGAUUAUCGACACAUGACCAAGUAACCUGUCGUAAUUCAUCAAGGCUCCAUCCUGGCACAGUUCUACC